GUGGCCGUGGCCGUGGCCGCCCUCGCGUCAGUGGAGGCCGCCCCGCAGCGCGGCAGCGUGGCCAGCAUCGGCAACGGCGACAUCAACGGCUUCCUGGGGGACCGCAACCUGGUCAUGAUGCAGAUCAGCUGCGUCAAGGGCACGGGGCCCUGCAACCGGCUGGGCAACCAGCUCAAGCAGGCCAUUCCGGAGGUCCUUAACAACAAGUGUGGUCGCUGUACGCAGACCCAGUCGCAGAACGCGCGCAAGUUGAUCAACUACAUCGAGAGGAACUACCCCCAGGACUACCAGCAGAUCACCGCGCGCUACCUCCGCUCCGGCUGAAGCAGGCCGCCCCCACCAAACGUACCAUGAUUUGGCUUCCGAAUUGAACUGACAGAAAAAUUGACAAUUUUCGGUACACUUUUUUACGAGAACGCGCGUUGGCGAUUCGGAAGUCUCUUUCCUGAACAUGUACCUGAAGUUUUGCUCAAUUUUUUAGCAGUGGACUGUUACGGGUCGUGCCGGUUUCGGCAGCGUCUGUGUGUAGAGUUUGAUCCAGCGCCAAUGUGAUCUUUGUAUUUAUUCGGAGUGAGAAGCAGAUUCUGUAAAUAAAUAUAGUGUAAAUUAGCCGA